AUGGAGCACUCUCACGCCAACCAGGCUCCCAUUGAGCACAGAUUCAACCCCUACACCGACAACGGUGGUACCAUGCUCGCUAUCGCCGGUGACGACUUUGCCGUCAUUGCUGGUGACACCCGUUCGACGAGCGGCUACAACAUUAACACCCGCUACCAACCCAAAGUGUUCGAAGUGGGGGACAACAUCGUCGUCGGAGCGAACGGAUUCGCCGCGGAUGGCGAAACCCUCGUUCGUCGGAUUGCUCAGAGAAUAGAGUGGUACCACCACACCCAUAACAAGCCAAUGGCGAUCCAGUCCGCCGCUCGCCUGACACAGACUCUCCUCUACGGAAAGCGUUUCUUCCCAUUUUACGUCCACACCAUUAUUGCAGGUCUCGACGCCGAGGGCCGAGGUGCAGUCUACUCCUUUGACCCCGUCGGCUCUUACGAGCGGGAACAAUGUCGUGCUGCUGGUGCCGCUGCGUCUUUGAUUAUGCCCUUCCUCGACAACCAGGUGAACUUCAAGAACCAAUACGUGCCAGGUACGGAAGGAAAGGAGCCAAGGGGUGUCACUGGUCUGCCAUUGGACCGCGUCAUCAGCUUGGUCAAGGAUGCGUUCACCAGUGCGACGGAGAGGCAUAUCGAGGUCGGUGACGGAUUGGAGAUGUUGAUUGUCACGAAGGAUGGUGUCAGGACUGAGAGGUUCCCCUUGAAGAGGGAUUAG